UAUAAAGACGGACGAGUUCUCGGUUUCGUUCAUCAGUCCACUCAACAACAAUCAAGUUCAAAGCUGCCCAUUCCUCACUGUUGGUACGCACCGUUCUUGAUUGAAGAGAAAAAAUGAUUUCUAGCAUUGUAAGUCGUCCUCUGAUGAUGCUGCUGUUUGCUGUGGCGUACGUGUUGGCUUCUCCUGCUAACUACGUCACCAGCAAAUCGUCCACAACGUCGUAUGGCAGUCCAGCUGUAACGAUCUUGAAGCAAAUCAACCAACUGAAUGACGAUGGCUCUUACACGUUCGGAUUCGAAGCGUCAGACGGAUCGUUUAGAGUCGAGAAUAUGGACGUGAACGGUUACAUGACUGGCAAAUAUGGAUACAUCGAUUCCUACGGCAAAGCACAAGAAACUGAAUACGCGGCUGGAAAGAUGGCCGGACAGUCUGUCGGAUUCCAAGCUCGAGGAACUCUGCUCAAUAAUGCAGUUCGUAGCAGCCAGCCGUUUCCCUUCAUCCGCGCAUCCACCAAAUCGGUGGAACAGAAAGCUUUAGAUUACCUGUACACUAGCGUUGAUGACGAUGAAGAUGGCUUUCCUGAUCCACCGCCAGUCCGCAGCACCAACGACUACAACGCUGGAGUUGUCCGCAUUUCUUCUCCAGCUAAGGCAGCUUACGACAUCCAGCCAACCGUAGUUCGGGUAGUCAACCCGCACGUUUCUCCAUUUUUGGACGUCGGCGUAGCGACUAAGGCUCGUAAGAGCAACAACGCCGCAAACGUUCGUUUCGUUUCGUCGUCCAAAAAUUCAUACGAAAGCCAACCGACAUCCGUCCGCGUUGCCGAUCCGUACGAUGCCACUGUUUCCGACAUCCGCGUGUUAACCCCGACUCAAACGGUUUCUCAAGCUGGUAUCCCUAAUGUCCGCGUCCCUGUGAGAAGCUCAUCCCGUCGUACCAACAAUGUAGUUCGCUUUGUCGAUCAGAAUGACGACGCGUACGUUAAGAACACCAACGUCCGCGUUGUGGCCCCAACCCGGAUCUCUUACGAUCAAGCUCCUUCGACCAUCCGUGCCGUAAACCGAGAAACGGCCACAUACGAGAGCUUUCCGAUUGUAAGGCAGACCGUGGAGCCCAGCCAGACCAUCAAGGAGGUUGCUCAAGUGGCGGUACCUGUCGUCCGAUUGGCUUCAUCCGGUUACGGGAAGUCUAGUGGCCGUUCGACUGGCCGAUUGGAAGAGUUCCUGAGGAGCCUGAAGAAGAACCAGAGGAACAGUGGCAAUAGUUACAAUACUUAUCAAUCAGGUAGCAGUGAUUUGAUCAUCCAAAAUGAUUUCGAUUCGCAAGAAGUGUUCCAGCCUGUCCAGGACUUCCAGCCGAUUCAGGACGACGCAAUUUCCAUCGAUUCCUUUGGUCUUACCCGCAUCAUCUAACAGCUGCCCAUCCAAGAGAUCCUGUAGAAAAAUGAUAGAAUUUGAAUUAUUCCAAUUUUUUUUUAUUAAACUUUAAUGCAAUUUAACGGUGGUUUUGUUUCUGUACUAACUUAUCCUUUCUACAUUAUGUUUGAUAAUAUAUGUUAUAUGACUAGAA